CCAUCGUGGUCGUCACCAACAACUUCUUCCAUCUAACAUUUCCAUCUCCUCCCCCAGUUCCUUCACUUCAUCCCUCGUCUCGCAGACCACGUCUUCUUAACUAUCUCCGCGCCACGAUGGCGCUCGCCUUCCUCUCCGGAGCUGCGCUCGCGCUCUCGCGCGGGCGCACUUCGCCCCAAUUGUCCACUACGUCGUUCCACGGCCGUCGCGUUUGUGCCGCGGUGCGCAGUCGACGGGCAUUGCUCAGACACACGGCUUGCGUGGCUGUGAAGAAGGAUGCGGAUGCCGUGGAUGACGAGGAGAAAUUAGACGAGGCCGCGAUGAGAGCCGCCGAGAUUCACGAGGUCCUUUCGGGCUUGAAGGAGUUCAAGGGCCGCAUCAUUGACGAUGCGACAAAACUUGCAAAGAAGGUGCGGGCGCCUAAAAAGCAGCUGGAAGCCGCUCUUGCCUCACAUCCAGACCUCAUUAAGAUAGAUGGGCACAUAAAAGAGCUCGAGGAGGAGCUCAAAGUCUUAGGGGAUCGGUAA